AUGAAUGAUUUCUGCAGAUUAUCAGAUUGUGGUGUAAGAGAGGAAGGUUAUGCUGCUCUGGCUGAAGCUCUGAGAUCAAACCCAUCAUCAGAGCUGAUGGAGCUGGAUCUCAGAGGGAACGAUCCUGGAGAUUCUGGAGUAAAACCGCUCUAUGAGUUACUAGAAGAUCCGGACUGUAAACUGAAGACACUGAGAUUAUUGAAAACUAAAGAUGCAGAAAAAGCGUUAAAGUCUCUGAGUGAUAAACUUCAUGUGAACCCGUUACUGCAGAGUGAGCUGGAUCUGAGUCAGAAAAUAAAAGGAGAUUCUGGAAUGAUGUUGUUUUCUGCUCUACUGGAAGAUCCACAUUUCAGACCAAAGAAACUCACGUUGUGUGGGUGCAGCUUAACAGAGAAAAGCUGCACUACUCUGGUUUCAGCUCUCAGUAGAAACCCAUCACACCUGACUGGUCUGGAUCUGAGUGAAAAUCCGAUAGGAAACUCAGGAGUGAAGAAGCUCUUUCCUCUACUGCACAAGCAUCAAUACAAACUGAAACAACUCAAGCUGAGUGAUUGUGAGAUCUCAGAUGAAGGUUAUGCUGCUCUGGCUGGAGCUCUGAUGUUAAACACCUCAUCACAUCUAACUGAUCUGGAUCUCAGUGGAAAUAAUCCAGGAACAAAAGGAAUGAAGAUGUUUGAUGAUUUAUUGAAUAAACCAAACUCUAAACUGGAUGUGAGAUUUCUGAGCAGAAGCCCUGAAAUGGAUGCAGCUUGUGAUUAUCUGAAUAAAAUGGAUAUAAAGAUGUUAGAACUGAGUGAGGUGGAUCUGAGUGGAAGAAGAUAUAUUGGAGAUUCAGGAGUUAAACAUCUAUCGACUGUACUGAAGGAUCUACACUGCAUGAUUACAAAACUCACAUUAUCAGAUUGUGAUGUAGGAGAUGAAGGUUAUGCUGCUCUGGCUGAAGCUCUGAGAUUAAACCGUUCAUACAUGAAGGAGCUGGAUCUCAGUGGGAACCAUCCUGGAGAAUCAGGAGUGCAGAAGAUCUGUGACGUUUGUAAGUCUGGAUGGUUCAACUGGAGUGAAAUUAAACUGAGGCUGUUUAAAAGUCCUGAUGCAGAGGAAGCCUACACCACUCUCAGUAAAAGUCUAGGUAUAAACAUCUUACUGCAGAAGAAACUCCAUCUGAGCUCCAAAUCACUGAAAGAGAUCAAAGUGAAUCAACUAUCAGCUCUGCUGGAGGAUCCACACUGUACAAUCCAAAACCUUACGUUGUGUGGGUGCAGCUUAACAGAGAACGACUGCACUACUCUGGUUUCAGCUCUCAGUAUAAACCCAUCACACCUGACUGAUCUGGAUCUGAGUGAAAAUCCGAUAGGAAACUCAGGAGUGAAGAAGCUCGUUCCUCUACUGCAGAAUCAUCAAUACAAACUGAAACAACUCAAACUGAGAGAUUGUGAGAUCUCAGAUGAAGGUUAUGUUGCUCUGGCUGGAGCUCUGAUGUUAAACCCCUCAUCACCUCUAACUGAUCUGGAUCUCAGUGGAAAUAAUCCAGGAACAAAAGGAAUGAAGAUGUUUAAUGAUUUAUUAAAGAAACCAAACUCUAAACUGAGAGUGAGAUUUCUGAGGAGAAGCUCUGAGAUGGAUGCAGCUUGUGAUUAUCUGAAUAAAAUGGAUAUAAAGAUGUUAGAACUGAGUGAGGUGGAUCUGAGUAGAAGAAAUAUUGGAGAUGCAGGAGUUAAACAUGUAUUUGGAGAUUCAGAAGUUAAAUAUCUAUUUGGAGAUUCAGGAGUUAAACAUGUAUGUGGAGAUUCAGGAGUUAAACAUCUAUCGACUGUACUGAAGGAUCCACACUGCAUGAUUACAAAACUCACCUUGAGGAACUGCAGCAUUACAGAUAAAAGUUGUACUGAUCUGGAAUCAGCUCUUGAUGUAAAUCCAUCACACCUGAAAGAUCUGGAUCUGAGUAACAAUCAACUAGGAGAUUCAGGAGUGAUUCAGAUCUCUCAUCUACUGAAGAAUCUACAGUUCAAACUCCACAAACUCACAUUAUCAGAUUGUGGUGUAAGAGAGGAAGGUUAUUCUGCUCUGGCUGAAGCUCUGAGAUCAAACCCAUCAUCAGAGCUGAUGGAGCUGGAUCUCAGAGGGAACCAUCCUGGAGAUUCAGGAGUAAAACUGCUCGAUGAUCUACUACAGGAUCCAAACUGUAAACUGAAGACACUGAGAUUCUUAAAGUCUCCUGAAGCAGAAGAAGUCUACUCCUCUCUUUAUUCCACUCUGGGUCAGAACCCCUUAAUACUGACCCAGAUGAAGCUGGAAAGGAACCCAGGGGGGGUAUCAGGAGAUUCCAGAGUGAAGCUUCUCUCAGCAUUUCUGCAGGACUCUCACUGCAAACUGCAGAAACUCCAGAUUAAUGGCGAUGAUCUAACGAUGGAGAGCUGUUCAGCUUUAUCUGAAGUUCUGAGAUCAGGAUCCUCCAGUCUGAGAGAGCUGGACCUGAGCAACAACAACCUACAGAACUCUGGAGUACAGAAGCUCUGUGAAGGACUGAAGAAGAACGAGUGUAAACUGGAGGUUCUGAGAUUAUCAGAUUGUGGUGUAGGAGAUGAAGGUUAUGCUGCUCUGGCUGAAGUUCUGAGAUCAAACCGUUCAUACAUGAAGGAGCUGGAUCUCAGAGGGAACCAUCCUGGAGAAUCAGGAGUGCAGAAUAUCUGUACCGUAUGUAGUGCUGGAUGGUUCAACUGGAGUGAAAUUAAACUGAGGCUGUUUAAAAGUCCUGAUGCAGAGGAAGCCUACACCACUCUCAAUCAGAUUCUAGAUAUAAACAUCUUACUGCAGAAGAAACUCCAUCUGAGCUCCAAAACACUGAAAGAGAUCAAAGUGAAUCAACUAUCAGCUCUGCUGGAGGAUCCACACUGUACAAUCCAAAACCUCACACUGAGUGAUUGUAAGAUAUCAGAUGAAGGUUAUGUUUCUCUGGCUGGAGCUCUGAUGUUAAACCCCUCAUCACCUCUAACUGAUCUGGAUCUCAGUGGAAAUAAUCCAGGAACAGAAGGAAUGAAGAUGUUUAAUAAUUUAUUAAAGAAACCAAAAUCUAAACUGAGAGUGAGAUUUCUGAGGAGAAGCUCUGAGAUGGAUGCAGCUUGUGAUUAUCUGAAUAAAAAGGAUAUAAAGAUGUUAGAACUGAGUGAGGUGGAUCUGAGUGGAAGAAGAAAUAUUGGAGAUUCAGGAGUUAAACAUGUAUCGACUGUACUGAAGGAUCCACACUGCAUGAUUACAAAACUCACCUUGAGGAACUGCAGCAUUACAGAUAAAAGUUGUACUGAUCUGAAAUCAGCUCUUGAUGUAAAUCCAUCACACCUGAAAGAUCUGGAUCUGAGUUACAAUCAACUAGGAGAUUCAGGAGUGAUUCAGAUCUCUCAUCUACUGAAGAAUCCACAGUUCAAACUCCACAAACUCACAUUAUCAGAUUGUGGUGUAAGAGAGGAAGGUUAUGCUGCUCUGGCUGAAGCUCUGAGAUCAAACCCAUCAUCAGAGCUGAUGGAGCUGGAUCUCAGAGGGAACCAUCCUGGAGAUUCAGGAGUAAAACCGCUCGAUGAUCUACUACAGGAUCCAAACUGUAAACUGAAGACACUGAGGUUCUUAAAGUCUCCUGAAGCAGAAGAAGUCUACACCUCUCUUUAUUCCACUCUGGGUCAGAACCUCUUAAUACUGACCCAGAUGAAGCUGGAGAGGAACCCAGGGGGGGUAUCAGGAGAUUCCAGAGUGAAGCUUCUCUCAGCGUUUCUGCAGGACUCUCACUGCAAACUGCAGAAACUCCAGAUUAAUGACGAUGAUCUAACGAUGGAGAGCUGUUCAGCUUUAUCUGAAGUUCUGAGAUCAGGAUCCUUCAGUCUGAGAGAGCUGGACCUGAGCAACAACAACCUACAGAACUCUGGAGUACAGAAGCUCUGUGAAGGACUGAAGAAGAAAGAGUGUAAACUGGAGGUUCUGAGAUUAUCAGAUUGUGGUGUAGGAGAUGAAGGUUAUGCUGCUCUGGCUGAAGCUCUGAAAUCAAACCGUUCAUACAUGAAGGAGCUGGAUCUCAGAGGGAACCAUCCUGGAGAAUCAGGAGUGCAGAAGAUCUGUAGCGCAUGUGAGCUUGAAUGGCAUAAAUUUCUAACACUACAGUCUGGAAACAGGAAUAAAAUUAAACUGAGGCUGUUUAAAAGUCCUGAUGCAGAGGAAGCCUACACCACUCUCAGUCAGAUUCUAGGUAAAAACAUCUUACUGCAGAAGAAACUCGAUCUGAGCUCCAAAUCACUGAAAGAGAUCAAAGUGAAUCAACUAUCAGCUCUGCUGGAGGAUCCACACUGUACAAUCCAAAACCUUACGUUGUAUAAAGAAGGCAGCAUUACAGAAGAAGACUCUGCUGGUUUACUUUCAGCUCUGGUUUUAAAUCCUGCUCACCUGAGAGAGCUGAAUCUGAACCAGAAUAAACCAGGAGAAUCAGGAGUGAGAAACCUGUGUGAACUGGUGAAGAAUCCUCGGUGUAAACUGAAGAAACUGAAGCUGAAUAACUGUAGUAUAACAGAGAAGGACUGUAGAGAUCUGGCUUCAGCUCUGCACUAUAACCCCUCAUACCUGAAGGAACUGGAUCUGAGUCAGAAUGGACUAGAAGAAUCAGUGAAGGAACUGUUCAGUCCACUGAAACACUGCAACAUAAUAAAUAAAAAAGCAAGAGGAUCUAAACAAUCUGGAGGAGGCCAAAAUAAACCUGAUGACCAGCAGACUCCUGAACCUGACUCCUCCUCAACACAAGAACAAGGAAAUGAUGAAGAAACUCAAAACACAGAUGAGGAAGAAAAGUCCUUAAACUCUUCAGACGAUGAAGAGGAUAAAGCUUCUGAAGUGGUGGAGACCCUCGGGACAGCAGUGUGAAUGAUGUUAACACAGAACAGAACCAGGCUAGAAAAAGAAGGUUCCUCACCCACUUCAGACAGUAAAGACAAAUUUUGGUAUAACCCGUAACCCACACGGUGUAAUCAGUAAUUCAGGAAUGGUGGAGACCCCCAGGACAGCAGUGGGACAGGAACUCAAAACCAUCGACUCCAUUCAGCUGGAGGCUAGAAAACGUCGUACCACCAUUAAUCCACAGAGGCGAACAUACAAACCAAUUCCAACUAAUGUACAACACACAGAAUGUUUUAUCUUAUCAGCUUUACUGACUUUUUAUAUAAAUUUAUACUAAUGUGAGAUUAAUGUCUGAUAGGACAGGAGAAAUGUAAGACUGAAGUUUGUGACAUGAUCAGUGAUACUAUUACAACUAAUUCUGAUCAUCUAAUAAGAAGGUCGAGCUGGAAUCUCAAAGCUUCAGUCAGUGUUAGGUUAUAGAAGAUGAUCCCUAAAGUCUGAUUAUAUUGGGACACGAGGUUAAAUAUGGUGCAAACAGAGACUUUUAAUGGAACGUUCUGUUCAUCUGUUCUGUUUAUUUUUUUCACAUCGUGAGAUUAACAGUAACAUCAUCAGGAAACCUCUCACACAGACACACAGGUGAAAUAUCUGAGUGCUUGUGGGCCCUGAUGUCAGGAGGUCUUGGAGAAGUAAAAAGGUAAAUUAUGCACACAGUCCAGUUAGUGUCUGAACUCACACAUUUUUAAAUGAGAAAUGCUAAAAAUAAAGACAAGCAGUUAAUGCAGAGUAAACAGAGGAACAGCUUUUAAUAGUGUUGGGAUCCUGGUUUACCUGUGGGAGCUCUGUGUCCCAGAAAGAAGAUUUUCCUCAGUUACAGCCAGUAAUGAGAUGAGCACUGUAAUGUGUGGAGCUAAAAUUCCUCACUGUGAUGUAACAGAUUUAUAAGAUUUAAUGCAGAUAAUGUUUAUACAUUCCUACAAAGUGUGUGUGUGUGUGUGUGUGUGUGUUGGAUAAAUGUGUCUAUCAGGUAAAGAUGAAGACAAUGUGUUCUGUAUUUAAAUUUUAUUUUCCUAACGUUACGUUUGAUUAAAUGAUCUGAUUUGUUUUUAUUUGAGAGUCUGAAUACUUUUGUAAAUAAAAUA